GCGACGGGACCACGACAGCAUUCCGAGUUAGGUUUUGACCACAAUGCGUUUAAUAAACACCACGACGCUGAGACUGGAAUCGCCAUGGUCCACGCCCAUUUACGCUAUUUUGUCACACACUUGGGGGGAGGAUGAGGUCCUCUUCGCCGAUAUCUGCGACCCACAACAGCUGCUUCCUGUCCACAAGAAGGGAUUUCGCAAGGUCAGCCAGAGCUGUGAGCGUGCUCGCCAAGAUGGUUACAACUACAUGUGGAUUGAUACCUGCUGCAUCGAUAAGACCAGUAGUGCCGAGCUCUCGGAAGCAAUCAACUCCAUGUUCCGAUGGUAUCACAGGGCAGACAGAUGCUAUGCCUACCUCUCCGACGUCAAUGUUCCAGGAGAGCCAUCGGUGGAAGUUGAGAACAGCCGCUGGUUUACUCGGGGUUGGACGCUUCAAGAGCUGAUUGCGCCGCGAGACGUGCGCUUUUAUGAUAGCCAAUGGUGUUUCUUGGGAAGCAGACAGCUCCUUCGCGGCACCCCCAUCGCAGACAUCUCUGAGCUCACAGAUUUGGCCGACACCAUCAGCAAGGUAACGGGAAUUCCCGUCGAAAUUCUUCGUUGGUUCUCGCCAAAGCCAGACUCACAACUGGUGAGACGGCGGAGUAAAAGGGCAGGGCUCGACAAAUACGAACCAACACACGCCCUAGACAAGCUUUUGAGGGCCUGUAGCGUAGGACAAAUCAUGUCUUGGGCUGCUUACCGAUUCACCACAAGAAAAGAGGACGAAGCAUACUCUCUUCUGGGUCUCUUUGGGGUCAACAUGCCAAUGCUGUACGGAGAAGGGCGCAGUGCCUUCCACCGGCUUCAGCAGGAAAUACUAAAGACGUCCAACGAUCAGUCUAUUCUUGCCUUUGAACGACAGUUUUACUCGGAUAGCAAUUCGCUACUAGCAGAUUCGCCUCGAUGCUAUGCCUCAUCGGAAAUUAUACAGAGUUUGAACAAUGGUCCCCUCCUAUCAGGCGCAACUCCGUUUUUCGAAUUAUCGCCUUCUCCAAAGGCCGUCGAGGCUGGGUUGCUUCUUUGCCCACUGAUCAGGCAGGGCAAGGAAGACACUACGCGCUACUUGGCGAUCUUGAACUGCAUCUAUCGGUCCGACUUCACCAGCCAUCCGGCCAUAAUCCUCCGCAAGAUUGACAGCAAGUCCCGCACAUUUUACCGAACACCCAAAUCCGGGCUACACCGAAUCACUCCCAUUAACGACCAAGAUUUGAUAGAAUGGUCAACUGCUGUUGAUGGAGUGUCGAACCGAUUGCGCUAUGAUCUCAACAAAGUCUACUUCGAGACGAUCCGUCUUUACUUGGAGCCUCCUCAAAUCCUGUCUAGCAUCUCGUAUGGUGUUGGACAACCAGCUUCAAGCUCUCUCUCUACUCCAGGAAUGAGGAUCAAGCUUGAAAUGCCAGACACAAUGAGAUUUUCUUCUGGUGCCUAUCCUCAUAUGUUACAGGUCACGAAGAAUCGGGUUUACGCCCCAUCUAUCACGCUCGAUAGUUGGCCCAAGCGGUUUCUGGACAAUCAAGAACCUAUGACGAACUACCUAGCGCUCUUCGGCACUGUUCUUCUUCACUUUGAAGGCAUGGGUGCAGUUGCCUUGUCAUGGGGAAAGUCAUGUGCUCCUGACCGUGGGGAUCGAUCUCCUGAGCCUUUUAUUGCAAUCAUGGACUGGGCCAAAGUUGUCAGAGCUGCACAUGGCAAGGAGUUAGAGCUUUUUGAUCUGGAAAAUUUGCGUUUGCGGACUACCGCCGAGUUUCUUUAUGCGACGUAUUCGUGGACAUGGGUAUCUUUGCUGGCCACCAAGCCAGACAUCCGAGCCGAACACGACAGCCCUCGAAUAAAGGUGCGAUGCAAGAUACGGACCGUCGAGUUUUUAGGACGACCUCUCUUUGAACUAGAGCUUUCAGUUCUUCCCCAAGGCAGAUCGAGUUUUGUUGGCAUGGUACGAUCUUCAUUUUCAUGA